UGGAUGGCGAAGAUGUGGGCGGAUUUGCGCUGACGUUGCCCAUACUCGGGAUUAACUUGUUUCUAUGUCGCCAUAUCUAUCACAUUUCUACCGGAUAGCCAGCUCACCUGCAGGUAGUUAAUAAAGAGGAUCCGUUAGCGUCUUCAACCCUUACAUUAGUCUGUGUGUUGUGCAGAAAACUGUUGAUGGGCUACCAUGAAGGCGCGCAGUACGAUGUGAGGUGCCUCGAUGCGGAGCAGACGUCGCACUGAGUUUACAGUGCCGAUGUCCUGUCACACAGAUGGGGGCCGACGGCAGUAAGGACAAGAAGAGGCCCACUGAAGGGCAAGAGGAUGAGGACUUCUCAUCUGGAUGGCGUGGCUUCCUCUCCAGCAUUGGUCUGUCAAUCCCAACAGGCCUCUGUCGCCUGGCCCCACCUGCCCUGCGUCUCGGCCAGCGACGAAUGCUCCAAGGCAAGUCCCCCGACAUCCCAGAUCAUGUGCUGAGGUUGGCGGGGGUCGGCCCAGGAAAGCUGAGAGCAGAGUGGAGCCUUCCGGGGUUCAUUAUCAUGUUCCUGCCCGAAUUCCCCCAUAGGACUGUGCCUGGGCAUGAAAACUUUCAGGUGUUGAGUUACAUCGCCAAAGGUUCGUUUGGGCCCAUUCUGAAAGUGAAGGACAAGACUAAACAGAAAACCUAUGCUGUCAAAGUUAUACCUAAAUCAGAGAUUCUAAGACUCGGGGUGUUGGAGCAGUCAAAAGAAGAAGUUAUUGUUCAGCGUCAGGUUCACCACCCAUUUGUCCAUGACCUCCAGGACUGCUGGCAGACUCAGCACCACCUCUACAUUAUGUGUGACUACUGCAGCACAGGAGACCUGUACACCUACUGGCAGAUGAUUGGUCAGUUCACAGAGGACACAGUGCGAGUGUUUGCAGCAGAGUUGGGAAGUGCGCUCGGCUUUCUGCACGACUUUGGGAUCAUCCACAGAGAUGUGAAGAUGGAGAACAUCCUGCUGACAGACAACGGACACCUCCGCUUAGCUGACUUUGGUUUGUCCCGUCGCCUGGAGAGAGGAGGAAGAGCUUUUACCAUUUGUGGAACCAUCCAAUAUAUGGCCCCAGAGGUGCUCAGUGGUGGACCCUACAACCACGCAGCUGAUUGGUGGUCGCUGGGAAUUCUGCUUUUCUCAUUGGUUACUGGGAAGUUCCCCAUGCCUCCAGAACCAGACCACUGCAGUAUGCUGAGGAAAGUGAGAAGUUUUCCUUAUGAAAUGCCCCUCAGCCUCAGCUCCCCAGUGGCCUUGCUGAUAACGGAGCUUUUGUGCAAAACUCCCUCGCGCCGCCUGAGGACCCUUGAUCGUUUCAAACGCCAAACCUUCUUCCGUGGAACAACGUUUGACCUCGCCCUGCUGCAGCGCCAGCCUGUGGAGGUGAUUCUGGAGCUGAGAGAGAGACCCGACCGAGCUGCCAAAGCUCGACGAGGCCUCACUUUGUCUCUGCAGCCUCUCAAAGGCUUCGACUACGACUCCUUCCUCAGCCCUCCCACCACGCCGGACACACAGCUGGAUGCUGACACACAAACCCACACAGCUGCACCGUUCCCCGGCCCGGCACUCACAUUGCGACCUGCUCAGGAAAAAGGCCCACGCAGAGAAGUGUUUGUGUGACAGACUCUGAGUUUACAGUAUGGUUACUAACACACUAAAAGUAAAGGCCUACAUGUACGUAUGUAUCUCUGCACUUAUUUCACCCUUACACACAGGUGUGGUGCACCUUGUAAAUUGUCUAUUUUAUUAAAAGCCAAAAUAGCUGAUUAUGCUGAAUUUGACAUAGAGUAUAGAAAAAAUAACAUUUGAGAACACCACUUCCCGGCUUGUAUUGGAGUUUUAUGUUGGGUUUUUUUGUGAUGUACUGCUGUUUAUUUUUUAACUUGUUUGCCUUUCUCCAAUCAGCACCUUUUCAAGCCUACUGUCAACAGUUGUGAAUCUUUACUCAGUUUUCAAGUGACUUGUAUGGCUGCCCUAUUAAUACAUUGGUAUCAAAUUCAACCGACUUGGAAAAGUCAUGCUACAGACAAUGCACCGAAUUUCCCUUAUUUUUGUUUCACUGCAAGUUCUAUGUAGUCCAAAACCCCCCAACAAAAGGAGUGUAUUUCUGAACUUCUGCCAUUGCAUUAUUAUGAAACCGUUUUGGCAGGCGUAGAAUCUCCUUGCAUCAUUUUCUAAGAUCUUUACUAUAAAACCUAUUCUGUACCUUUAGUAUUGCUGCAAUAUAACCUUUCCCUUUGCUGCCUAAAUUCUGUAGGAGCAGAAACGUGUCUCCUCCUGCACUCUUCAAAGUCAUGCAGGCAUCAGAUGAGGAUUUGUACGCCUUCAAGGUCUGCUUUAGUUUGAAUCAUUUAUAACCUGCGACUCAGGGGAGCAUCUGCAGGUUUUCCCAUGUCAGCCUUGAUUUUGACUCAAAGAUGGCACCCGACUUACCUCCAAUUAACAUUUUGAUAGAUACAGGGCUUUUUCUAUUGUCUAAGGCUGCCGUAACCCUAGCCAGCAAUCACACCUUCAUGCACUUACCUGAUCAUCAGAUUAUAUUAUGAUUUUGUAAAGUAUGCCCUGAAGUGUACCCUGAAUACCUCACACGUGUGAUCCUGAGCUUGCUUUUUGUUGUCACCAAAAAUGCUUAUUUAUAAAUUCCUCUUUAUAAAGUUUAUAUGACUAUUUUGGAUGCCAUUUGAUGUUAUAUGUUAUGUUACAACGUAUUUUUGUAAUGACCAUGUAGCACAGAUGGAAUAUUAAACUUUUAUUGUACAGCGA